AAAAAUGAUAUAUUAAUUCUAACAUAUUGUGUUAAUGAGAUCUCUAGUUAUCAAAAUAAUAAAAAAUAUUUAUUUUUCAAAGAAAAAUGGCCAAUAAAAAUUGCGGCAUAGCUAAUUGAUUAAACUGUUUGACAUUUUAAAAAUAAAGGAUAAAUUUAGCUAAUAUAUUAAUUUAAUUUUAUUAAAAGUUAAUUUAUUCGAAUAUAAAUUGUCAACGACCAAUUCAACUUACCAAACAAUUAAGGUUGAUGAAUGGCCAACAUAAGUACAUAAGUACAUAACAUGUAUUGUUUGUGACGACUUGACCAAUGACCAUGUAAGUAAGGUGGUAGGUACAAUUCUUUGUUAUAAAUUUAAAUUUAAAUUUAAAUUUAAUUUCAGUAUUUAAAAUAAAAAUAAUUAAAUUAAUUUAGAUAAAAUUCAAUUUAAUUUUUUUUUCAAAAUCAAUUACAACUAAAAUAUAUCAAAUUUAAAAUUUUAUCUUAUUAAAUUUUUACUUAAAACUUAAAAUAUAUCUAAAAUAAUUUUUUAAUUUAAUAAUUUUUUCUAAAUUUUUUCGCUCAUUUUAUUUCAAUACUUUCCAUCUUUUAAUACAUACACUCUCUUUUUUCACUACCUUUAUUCCCUUUUUUCUUUCUCUUUUUCCACCACUUUUAUUCUUUUUCUCUCUUUUUUUUCAACUCAUAUAUAUAUAUUACAUACCUUUUUUAAGAAGAUCUAUUAUAAAUAAAAAAAAUAUCCACACAUAUAAAUUUUAGGUGUUUAAUUAGUUGUUAUAAUUUAUUAUUAAUAAUUAUUUUUUUUUAACAUGCUAUGUCAUUAGACCACUCAACAAAUUAGUUCUUAAUAAUUUAUGUUUACUUUUUGUAGUUAGUUUAUUGUUAGAAUUAAUUAUGAAGUAGAACUAUUUAAUUUUUUUAAUUAAUAACAAUAUUUGUUAAAUUUAAUAUUUUUAGAUUAAUCUAAUUUUUAUUUUUUUAAAAGAAUAAACAAAUUUUAGUUCAAUAAAAUUUUUAAUUAUUUUAUAUAAUUUAAUAAGUAAGCACAUUUAUUAUUUAAAUAUAAUAUUAUAUUAAUAAAAAUUAUCUACUAUAAAAUUUUAAUUUAUUUAAUAAAUAUUCCAAAUAUUAAAAUUCAAUUCAAUUCUAACUGAAACUUAAUUUCAUACUAUUAAAAAUUUUUAGAUUGUCUAAAUUAUCUUCAUUAAUUAAAAUAAAUAAACAAAAGUUUGGUAGGUACGAGCCGCUAUAGAUCGAUCUUUAAAUUGUAUGUGGGGCUAUCAAAAUUCUCACUAGUGUUGUUAGUCAAAAAGAGAAUAGGACGCAUGUCUCCCACUAAUAUGAAAGAUAAGAUUGCAAGACAUAUCUACUUGAAAUAACCCUUCAAUCUUGUAAUACUAUAAAUACAUGAUAUCGCUAUGCAUAACUAAGGAAAAUUGAAGUGUAGUCUCUCUCAUCUUCACUCACAAAAAAUAAGUAUUUUCUAAUAAUCAAAUCAUAUCAUAAGAUGAAACCAAUUUUCUUUGCAAUAAUAAUAUUCUUGCUUUUGUUUUCCGUAAUGUUCCUUCCAUCGUCAACACUUGCAGCUCCAGUAGUAGCGAAGCGAGGUGAUGAAUACAGAGAAGCAGCAGCUUAUAUUGGAAAAAAUUCAUAUCUUAGAGCAGCACAUCCACCCCCUCCUAGUCCUCUUCAUAUUAUUCCUCAUCGUCCACGUCUAAAACGUAGAAAACCUCCUCCUAAACCUGUUGCCAGAUAGAGGAUGCAAUGAUGAUUACACGCCUAUCUGCUCUGAUCUCCACCUAAUAAAGCCUUAAUUAAUUAAUGAAAGUAUUUUUACGGAUGUAUCUAAUAAAAAUAUUUUUUUUAUAGUUGUUUUUAAUAGAAAUAUUUUUAUAGAUGUAUUUUUUAUAUGUGUCACUUUAUACAUAUGUUUAAAAUAUAAUAAUAAUCAUUAUUAGCAAUAAAUUAACAGAUUUUAUAUUAGUACCUGUUCAUACCCUGGCCCAAUACAAAGGCCCAGGUCCAACUAAAAAGGCCUAACCUGAAGGGUUGAGCCUAGCUAAAGUACCGACCUUCACAUAAGAAGUCGGUAUCAACCACGACUUGGUCUAAAGAAGUCGGAUGUGAGAUCAGUUGGCAGAUAAACACUCAUUCAAAUGAGUAACCGCCCCUAAAAUCUCUCUAACCGCUUCAUAAAGCCAUAUCUUAACCUCCCCAAGAUAAUAAGGACGGUUAGCGCCCUAAAGAUACGGCACUACACCAACGGUGGUUAUUGGCUCACCACUAUAAAUACACUGACACCCCUCAGGUAUCUCUAAGUCCAAUACUCUCUAGACCUGCUUACACUCUCGCUAACUUAGGCAUCGGAGUGUCUUUGCAGGUACCACCUCCCAUUCACUCACGAACACAAGUCGGACGGAGCCUCCCGAGUUGCAGAUCCACCCGGAGUUCUCCUCCUUCACACACUUGGGCCAUCAAACGCCAUCUAUCUAAUUAAUCUCCGGUUACCUACCGUAACAUUGGCGCCGUUGCCGGGGACCCGAGAGAUCAUCCAUCGAUGGCGGAUAGAUCCCACGAAGAAGGCCAUGCAGAAACAGAUUCUGAACAAGAGAAUCUAGACAUGGGUAAUGACAAUGGAGACAUGGCCCAACAUCGAGAUAAUGACCAACACAGAGAGGGUACCUCCGGAGUGAAGAAUCCGAAGGUAAAUUCCUCAGACGGGCGUGAGUCAGAAAAGAGCGGACCGCCCCACGUAACCGAACUGAUGGAGUUAGUCCAUAGCCGCCUGGAACAACUGGAGAAAGAGCGGGAGAAACAGAAGGAAACUGAAAGGUACCUCAAAGAGGAGAUGGAACGGCGAAAAGAGUUAGAAAGAAAACUCUUACAGCUAGAAUCCUCCCUCAAGAACUCCCGCGACGAACAAGAAAACCAACUCCCUGGCGGAGAAGAUCCUUUCAGCGAGGACAUAAUGAGGGCAAAGGUUCCAAAGAACUUUAAAAGCCCCGAUAUGGACCUCUAUGAUGGAACCACGGAUCCAAAGCAUCAUCUGAGCAACUUUAAAAGUCGGAUGUAUCUAGCUGAUGCCUCCGACGCUACGAGAUGCAAGGCUUUCCCGACCACUUUAUCGAAAGCAGUGAUGAAGUGGUUCGAUAGCCUCCCCCCGAGAUCCAUCACCAGCUUUGAAGACCUCUCAAGGAAGUUCUUGAUGAGGUUCUCAAUCCAAAAGGACAAGGUAAAACAUGCACCGAGCCUCCUGGGAAUAAAACAGGAGGUCGGAGAGUCUUUACGAGCCUAUAUGGAAAGGUUCAAUAAAGCAUGUUUGGAGAUCCAAGACCUGCCCACAGAGGCAGUCAUAAUGGGGUUAGUCAAUGGACUCAGAGAAGGUCCCUUCUCACAGUCCAUAUCUAAAAGACACCCCGUUUCUCUAAGUGAUGUACAAGAAAGGGCUGAAAAGUACAUCAACAUGGAAGAGAAUGCAAAAUUAAGAGACCUGAGUUGGCGACCUGGACCCACUUCUUCAUCUAAAGAGAGGGAAAGGGAAGUCAAGAAGAAGGAAAAACUCGGUCUCGAGAGGCCCAGGAAAUAUCACUCUUAUACUCCUCUAAAGACUUCUAUAGUGGACGUAUACAGAGAGAUUUGCAACACUGAAAGGCUGCCGCCCCCUAGACCUAUUAAAAAUAAAAAAGGGGGAAGCCGCAGCGAGUAUUGCGAGUACCAUAAAAUAUAUGGUCACUCCACCAACGACUGUUACGACCUCAAAAAUGUGAUAGAAAAGCUGGCUAGAGAAGGUCGGCUUGACAGAUAUCUCAUGGAGAGGUCGGACACCCAUGGAAAGAGGAAGCGAGAUGAUAUGGAUAGAAGAGAUCCGCCACCACAGACCCCAGAGAGACAUAUCCAUAUGAUCUCAGGAGGGUUUGCGGGAGGUGGAAUCACCAAAUCUUCUCGCAAAAGACAUCUCAAGAGAGUCUAUCAGGUCGGGGAAGAGACACCCGACCUCCCCACUAUCUCAUUUACAAAGGAGGAUGGGCAAGGGAUAAUCCCCGGGCAUGAUGAUCCCGUGGUGAUAACUAUGAUCCUAGCCAAUGCCCACCUCCACAGAACCCUAGUAGACCAAGGAAGCUCGGCGGACAUCCUUUUCAAGCCCGCCUUUGACAAGCUAGGGUUAGAUGAAAAAGAGUUGAGAGCCUACCCCGACACCCUCUACGGAUUAGGGGAUACGCCAAUAAAACCACUGGGAUUUUUACCCCUUCACACCACCUUUGGAAAAGGGGAAAAAUCAAGGACUCUAAGCAUAGACUUCAUAGUCAUCGAUGAAGGGUCAGCCUACAAUGCCUUAAUUGGCAGGACUACCCUUAAUCGUCUUGGAGCAGUGGUAUCCACUCCCCACCUUUGCAUGAAAUUCCCGACUCCAGGAGGAAUAGCAACGGUAAGGGGAGACCAAAAAUUGGCAAGGAAGUGCUAUAACGAAAGCCUAAAUCUGAGAGGGAAGGGCAAAGAAGUCCACACCAUAGAGCUAGGCGGCACAAGGACCAGAGAAGAACUACGACCCCAGCCGGGAGGAAAGACCGAGGAGAUACAAGUCGGUGAGGAGGAAGGAAAAAAUACUUAUAUAGGAGCCAACCUAGGGGAAACCCUAAAACAAAGGUUGGGUGAACUCCUAAGAGCUAAUUCCGACCUCUUCGCAUGGAAGGCUUCCGACAUGCCCGGGAUUGAUCCCGAGCUCAUGUCCCACAAGCUCUCGGUUUACCCAGGAUCCCGACCUGUACAGCAAAGAAGACGCAAGCUCGGCCCAGAGCGAGCCUCAAUAGUAGAAGAGCAGGUACAGGCGCUCUUGGAAGCCGGCUUUAUUAAGGAGGUCAAAUACCCAACGUGGCUAGCCAAUGUAGUGCUAGUCAAGAAACAGAAUGGUAAAUGGAGAAUGUGCGUCGACUAUACCGACUUGAACAAGGCAUGUCCUAAGGACCCUUACCCUCUACCGAGUAUUGAUACCCUGGUGGAUUCCAGCUCGGGGUACCAAUACUUAUCAUUCAUGGACGCCUACUCGGGAUAUAACCAAAUCCCGAUGCAUGAACCCGACCAGGAGAAAACAUCGUUCAUCACACCAAAAGCCAACUAUUGCUACGUGGUCAUGCCAUUCGGACUAAAGAAUGCAGGAGCCACGUAUCAAAGGCUGAUGAACAAAGUGUUUUCCCCCCAUCUAGGAAGCCUAAUGGAGGUAUACGUCGACGACAUGUUAGUAAAAACUAAGCAAGAAGUCGACCUCUUAACCGACCUCUCACAAGUCUUCAGCACUAUAAGGCUACAUGGGAUGAGACUAAAUCCCACAAAAUGCGCCUUUGCAGUAGAAGCAGAAAAAUUUCUAGGCUUCAUGCUAACACAAAGAGGGAUUGAGGCCAAUCCCGACAAGUGCAGAGCCAUCCUAGAAAUGAAAAGCCCGACUUGUUUGAGAGAGGUUCAACAGCUCAAUGGCCGACUUGCAGCCCUCUCCAGAUUUUUGGCGGGAUCGGCACUGAAAUCCCUUCCACUAUUUUCUUUAUUGAGGAAGGGAUGCCAAUUUGAAUGGACUUCAGAAUGCGAGGAGGCGUUCCAAGAGUUCAAAAGAUUCCUAAGUCAACCUCCUAUCUUAACACGACCAGUACCGGGAAAAGACCUUGUCCUAUACCUAUCCGUAGCAAACAGGGCUGUCUCAUCAGCUCUGAUCAGAGAAGACAAGGUCGGGCAACACCCGGUUUACUUUACCAGUAAGGUCCUACAAGGUCCUGAACUAAGGUACCACAAACUAGAGAAGUUUGCCUACUCCUUAGUGAUAGCCUCACGAAGGCUACGACCUUACUUUCAGGCUCACACAAUAAGAGUCCGUACGAACCAACCCAUGAAGCAAAUCCUCCAAAAGACGGAUGUUGCAGGGAGAAUGGUUCAAUGGGCGAUAGAGCUCUCCGAGUUUGAUUUGAGAUAUGAAACUCGGACAGCAAUUAAAGCCCAAUGCUUCGCCGACUUCAUUGCAGAAUAUGCAGGUGAACAAGAGGAAAAACCGACUACAUGGGAACUCUAUGUAGACGGAUCCUCCAACAAGACAGGGAGCGGCGCAGGCAUAAUACUGGUAGAUGGAAAAGGAACCCAGAUAGAGGUUUCCUUAAAAUUUGAAUUUCGGGCUUCAAACAAUCAGGCAGAAUAUGAAGCCUUGAUAGCCGGAUUAAAGUUAGCAGAAGAAGUUGGCGCUACAAAGGUGAUGAUCUACAGCGACUCACAAGUGGUGACCUCCCAAAUAAGUGGAGAGUAUCAGGCAAAUGACCCCAAUAUGAAGAAAUACUUGGAAAAAACCUUGGAACACCUUGGGCACUUUGCGGAAACCGAGGUUAAGCAUAUAACUCGGGAUCUAAAUAGCAGAGCUGACGCCCUAUCCAAGUUAGCAAGCACCAAACCCGGAGGGAACAACAGAAGCCUGAUUCAAGAAACCCUCCAAGAGCCCUCGGUAUCAAAAACAGAAGAUGAACAAGAGGUACUUGAGGUAGCCGGACUAAACCUCGGAUGGAUGAAUCCCUUAGUCGAGUACCUGAAAUUCGACAUCCUCCCCAAAGAGGAGAAAGAAGCUAAAAAGAUCCGAAGGGAAGCACAACAUUAUACUUUGGUGAGAAAUGUCCUUUACAGAAGAGGGAUAUCAACACCAUUGCUGAAGUGCGUACCGACCUCAAGAACCACCGAGGUGUUGGAGGAAGUACAUAGUGGGAUCUGCGGAAACCAUCUCGGAGCAAGGUCGCUGGCCAGGAAAGUAAUCCGAGCAGGAUUCUAUUGGCCGACCUUGCAGAAAGAUGCCACAGACUUUGUGAAAAAAUGCCAACCAUGCCAGAUGCAUGCAAAUUUCCACGUGGCUCCACCAGAAGAGCUCAUCAGUAUAACUUCCCCCUGGCCUUUCGCAAAAUGGGGAAUGGAUUUGUUAGGUCCUUUUCCCCAAGCACCAGGGCAAGUCAAAUACUUGAUCGUGGGAAUAGACUACUUCACGAAGUGGAUAGAAGCGGAACCAUUAGCCACUAUCACCGCUCAAAGAAGUCGCAGGUUCCUCUACAAAAACAUCAUCACAAGGUAUGGAAUACCUUAUUCCAUCACCACAGACAAUGGAACCCAAUUUACCGACGCCACCUUCAGAAAUCUGGUAGCCAGUAUGAAAAUCAAGCACCAAUUCACCUCGGUGGAACACCUACAAGCCAAUGGGCAGGCCGAGGCAGCCAACAAGGUCAUACUGGCAGGAUUAAAGAAGAGAUUGCAGGAAGUAAAGGGGGCUUGGGCUGACGAGCUCCCCCAAGUGCUGUGGGCUUAUAGGACAACCCCCCAAUCCGCCACAGGAGAAACACCCUUCCGACUAGUCUACGGCGUAGAAGCCAUGAUUCCAAUAGAAAUCAAUGAGCAAAGCCCAAGGGUAAUUCUCCAUGAUGAGGUCGGAAAUAUACAGGGGCACAAAGAGGAGCUCGACUUGCUCCCCGAGAUCCGAGAACGUGCCCAGAUAAGAGAAGCGGCAUUAAAGCAAAGGAUGACUACCAGAUACAACAAGAAAGUCAUUCGAAGAACAUUCGCUAUAGAUGACUUGGUCCUAAUCAGAAACGACAUUGGAAUCAACAAAUCAGGAGAAGGAAAACUCGCUGCAAAUUGGAAGGGGCCAUACAAAAUCAAGGAAGUCUUAGGAAAAGGUUAUUAUAAAGUAACCGACCUGGACGGCACUGAGCUACCAAGGUCGUGGCAUGCUUGUAAUAUGAAAAGGUACUACAGUUAGAAGCGAACUCUACUCCCUGAUGUACUCUUUUCCCAACUUCAUGAUUUUUUCCCCAAAAAGGGUUUUUUCUGGAGAAGGGUUUUUAACGAGGCAUCACAGUAGAGGCUAAGGGAUAAUAUGCUAUCAAGACCCUUAGUAGCAAAAAGGUACCUUCCCAAUUAAUAAAGAUCUUUUUCAUUUACUAUGUCUCUCUUAAUAUCCUUCUUUAUUUUUUAUAAGUCUUUCUACGAAAUGCGCCGACUUAAGCUCGACAAAACGUGAAAAUCCCAUGAACCGACCUAGAUGGUCGUCAGGAUAAAACGACGAGGUACAAGUCGGCGUAAAGAGGUUAUAUGAGUUGAUCGUAAGA